UGUUUAUAGAGUGAGGAGCCUCACAGGUGAUCACACACACACACACUGACCUGACGGGACCCGGACCGGGACCUGUCCUGAUUUUUUUUAAUCUCCUUUCCAGCUGAGGGGGAAUAAACCGAGAGUCCAGAGGAUCCGGAUCAGACUCUCUCACUGAACUCGUCAGCUGCAUCCUGAGCAGCUUGUUCCACCUUCUUCUACCCGUCUCUCCACAUCACUGAACAUCCCAUCAAGAGAUGACGGCUGUUUCUCCUGCAGCCCUGAAGGCAACAGGAGGGGGAAAGUUCCUGCAGAUACUGUUGGCGUGUCUCGUGUCUCUGCUGUGGCUGCAGACUGCACACUCCAGCGCCGAUCCAGACGUCAGGACCCGGAGCCAAACGGGGCCCCGGCUGCAGCUCUCCCACUCAGAUCUGAAGAACAGUUCGGCGGUCUUCUGGGAGGGCGGAGUCAGCGGUGGAUACCAGGUCAUGUUACUGGAUGAGGAUCAGGGAUGGCUGCUGGUCGGAGGGAAAGACCACAUCUACCUGCUGAGACCUGACAGCCUGAGUCUGCCCACGCAGACGAUCCACUGGCCUGCUUCUAAAUACAAUGUGAGACACUGCGUUAUGGCGGGGAAAAGUCCAGAUACGGAGUGUGCCAACUUUGUGAGGCUGCUGCAGCCCGUCAAUAAGACUUUAGUUUAUGCCUGUGGUACUGGAGCCUUCAAUCCACAGUGUACAUACCUGCAGCUGGAGCUCAACACAGAGGGGCCACAGUUCAUGUUGACUAACAUCGAGGAGUCGGGCAGAGGAAAAUGUCCCUACAGUCCGAGGGCGCCCUUCACUGCUCGACUGACUGAUGGUGAACUUUAUACCGGUACCUCAGUCGACUUCAUGGGAGCAGACUCUGUGAUCCUUCGUACGUCCGUCCAGGGCAGAAGUCAACUCCACCUCCGGUCUGAGGCCUUCAAUCUAAACUGGCUCCAUGAGCCGGAGUUCAUCGGCUCCUUCUCCAUCCCCGACACUCAUAGUCCUGACGACGACAAGGUCUACUUCUUCUUCAGGGAGACGGCGGUGGAGGCGGGACAGUGGGACAAGAGGGUGUACAGCCGCGUGGCUCGAGUCUGCAAGAACGACGUAGGAGGUAAAAGGAGUCUGAUCAACCGCUGGACCACCUUCCUCAAAGCGAGACUGGUCUGUUCUGUGUCUGGCCCAUCAGGAGUCGAUACCCAGUUUGAUGAGCUGGAGGACAUCUUCGUUCUGGAGACCAAGGAUCCACAGAAUCCCACCAUCUACGGGGUCUUCAGUACGUCCAGCUCCAUAUUCCGUGGUUCGGCGGUGUGUGUGUACUCCAUGGCGUCUAUAAGAGCGGCGUUCAACGGGCCGUUCGCUCAUAAAGAAGGUCCAGACUAUCGCUGGGUGGAGUACAAGGGCCGCAUCCCCUAUCCCAGACCUGGAACUUGUCCCAGUGAGACCUACGACGCCCUGCACAAGUCUACGAAGGACUUCCCCGACGAGGUGGUGAGCUUCAUGAGACAGCACCAGCUGAUGUUUGAGCCCGUCGUACCUCUGAGCGGCAGACCCAUCCUGACCCACGUCAACUCAACCUACAUGCUGAAGAAGGUCGUCGUGGACCGAGUGGACGCCGAGGACGGACCAUAUGACGUCCUACACCUGGGCACAGAUGAUGGGAAGGUGGUGAAGGCCGUGUCGGUCGUCAAAGACAACGGGGAAAACGAGGAGGUCGUUCUGGAGGAGCUGACGGUCUUCCAGAGUCCUACUCCAAUCCUGAGCAUGGAGCUGUCAACCAAACGACAACAGCUGUAUGUGUCCAGUGAGAUCGGUGUGGCCCAGCUGGGUCUGCAGAGGUGUGAGUUAUACGGGACCGACUGCGCCGAGUGCUGCCUGGCCAGAGACCCCUACUGCUCCUGGGACGGACAGACCUGCUCCAGAUACUUCCCCACCAGCAAGAGGAGGGCGCGGAGACAGGAUGUAAAGUACGGAGACCCCUGGAGUCAGUGUCCAAUCACAGAGGACGAUUUAGACUCUGUGGAGGUGAAGUCGGUGUACGGCGUGGAGGGGAAUUCUACCUUCCUGGAGUGUCUUCCUCGGUCGCCGCAGGCCGAGGUCAGGUGGACGGUGCAGCACGCGGAGAGCCAGCAGCAGACUCUCAGCCGCACACAAGAAACCAAAGAGCUCAGCGAUGACCACCGCUCCAUCCACAUGAGGCGCGGGCUGCUGGUUCAGCGCCUGGAGCUCUCUGACUCGGGCCUCUACACCUGCUUCAGCCGCGAACACUCCUACAGCCAGGUCCUGGCCCGAUACCGCGUUCACAUCAUCUCCAACAACAGCCUCAAUCCAACCCGCUUCCAGCAGAACCACAGCCCAAACCAGCACGUGGCCCUCGCACACAUCGGACCAGCCGGAGUGGGGGCCGCUGGGUUUCUGGGCCGGGCGGGUUCUUCUCAUCCUUCCCCUGCUCUCCUGCCCGGACACAGGAACUCGUGGCUGCCCCAGCAUCCUCAGCAGCUUCCUCUGAGGAGCUACAAAGACCUGCAGAUGGUGGGGACCAACAGUCUGAGCGUGGACGAGUACUGCGAGCAGCUGUGGUACCGAGAGAAGCGGCGGCAGCAGAAACUGCGCACUCUGAAGCUGAAGCAGGAGAGCAGGAAAGCCCGGGUGAGGAGGAACAACCCUCCUGAGGUUCCUCUUUAGUCUCCUGAGGAAUAAAAAAAAAAAAGACUGACAGGUCCUGUACAACAGAGGACAAUGAAAGAUUUCAGACUGUUUGCUUUUUCAGCAAAUAACGCCGCCUUGUAAAGUGACACCCCCCGUAUUAACCCUUUAAAGACUGACAGAGAAUCACAGAGACAUUAGUUUAUCUCUGUGCUCAAUAUUUUCACAAUACGACAAAGCAGAACUCAAGAAAUGUAGAUAGAGCAAAUUUUGAAUUUAUUUUAAUACCAAUAAUCUUUAUUGUUUAGGACAUGGUUUAGAUUAGAUUAGAAUUAAAAAAUGUUUUCUGUAACUUUAAGAUUCAGACGAGCAUGUUCGCAUCAAACGGUUUGAUGUGGAUAGGAACGAUCUGGAGCUGGUGAUCUACCUCGGAUCGUGUAAUCCAGCUCAUUUAUUGAACCUGAUCCAGAUGCAGAGUCGAGAGGAUUACUAAAUCCAGAUUAUCACACUACAUGCUUUGUCCACAGGGGGCGCCAACAUUCACACAACCUGAAAGAUCCUCACAGUUAACUUUGAAUUAGAUAUUUAACUUUUAAUAUUGAUGUUAAAGAGACAGAAUCCUUCAGCCCUGAUGUCUACCUAAUCUUCUCUGUCAUUGUCGUGUAAAAUAGAUUAUAAAAAUGUCUUGAAAACCUUGAAAAUAUGUUGUAUUGUUUGAGAAAUUGUAUUGUUUUCUUAAAUUAUACUCCAUAAUCCAGUCUGAAUCCAGCUCUUUAUGACAGUGGUUCUCAACUGUUAUAACCCCAGGACCCACCACCAACAUCUUGAUGAGAAAUUACAGCCCCCAAAUGUCUGAUAUUCUUCAACCAAUCAGAUUUAUCUAAUAAAACAUAGAGCAGUUUGGACCUCAGAGACUUUCCGACACAUUUGCGACCCACUGAAACCAUUUUUAGACCCACUUUUUGGCCCCAACCCACCAGUUGAGAACCACUGCUCCACAGGGAUCUGAAUCAUCCAGAAUUUAUUUUCAUGAGUUAUCCCAAUUCUUAAAAAGUAAAAAGUUUUGAACAACACAAACUGGAGAUUUUAUCUAGAUAAAACCAGGAUAAUGUUACGUGAUUUUAUCAGAUGACCCACUUGUACCAACACUGGUUCUAACAUUUACGCCUUCCCGUUAGCCUAAAGGUCCAAUCAGUGAGCUGUGUAGAGAGUGAGAUGAUAAAGGUAUCUUACUAUCUGAUCAUUAAGGAAACAUGUUGAAGUGCUGGCUUCUCUGACAACAAUGCAGCAGCCAGUAUGUCCUCCUUCUAACUUUAGAUUCUGCUCCUGAAUGCUCUGGAUUUGUUUGGACCAGAGAAGGUAGGCGCUUUUAAGGCGACCCCCCACACGGCCGUUUCGGACGCCCCAGAGCUGCAUGCAGAGCUGGAUAAACACUGAAGCUUCAGAGUCCACCACAUGGUGACCUGUGAGAGCAUCGACUCUAGAGAGGAGGGGGGGGGGGGGGGGGGGGAGACAGCUCUCUAUGAUGUUUAGAAAUUGGACUGCAGUACCCAUUUUAAACACUAGGUGUCAGAGUUACAUAUUAUACAGUCUGGUGAGAGUGCUGCAUCUGAACAACAGCAGCAGAUACAUGACAUUAGAUUCCUUGUAAAACUGCGAAUAAUGGACCGCCACAAAGACGAACGUGUAUCAGGAUCUCACACACAAUGCAGACAGAUUCAUACUAACUCUCUCUGUAUUUAUUUACACCGUAAAUUAAGACUAAACAUGAAGAGUGUUUGCCCAUUGUACUGCUACACAUUUAACUGUUUAUUAAUAACAUUUAUUUAUGCUGGUUCUGAAGUGUAAUACUCAUUAACACAGAUAAAAUAAUGUAUUCAUGCCUCAGUGGAGAACGCACACAUGGAGCCUGCUUGAAGAAACAUAUGAUGUAUAGCUUUGAUUAAAACUGCCAUGUAACUAGUUAUUAUUAUUAUUAUUAUUAUUAUUAUUAUUGUUACACCAGUGUAUAUUAAAGAACUCUAUUUUUGAUAGUUUUCUUUCUUUAUAUUCUAGAAAUGAGUUCAUUUUCUGACUGUUUAUAUGAAACUCUAAGAAGCUUCUGAGAUCAAGAGUGAUGAAUUUGUAUCAAACUGUGAGAAAAAGCCACCAAGUGAUGUCAAAUAAAAAAGAUUAAACACUC